AUGGAAGCCCCGACUCUCGAGGAAGACGUAAAGCAAUUCGAUUCUGUGACGGCGCAGAAUGACGAAGAUUCGCAACCCGAUCCGGACGAGACUCUUCUGACUGACUUAGAAAUAGGGAGAGCUUGGCUGAUCCCCCGAUUCCUCAUGGAACGAUGGUCUAGUAUUGAUGCGGAGGGCGUACAUCUUGCAUCAAUUCGGGUAUACCACAACGCCAAGUCUUCCACAGGCAGAAAGCCCCGCAUCGUCCUGACUCUCCCGCCAAAUUCGGACAGCCCUGAUAGUGAGGGAGACCAGUACGAGCUCGACAUUGUCAAUGAUUCGGUGGAUAAUCAGUUGGUCAUUGCUGAGCGGGAGAAGCACCCUGGUACAACAAGCCGCGCUCGUCAGACGUUCCUGACUGGACGUGUCAAACAUGAAUGCAACUUGCGGCCAGUGUUUACGGACCGGUACAGGCAGCGACUCAAGCAGCGUGCUGUUGCUGCCAACACGCCCAAGAAGCAAAUUAUGUGGAUCGAAGAAGCGGGUGUGGGAGGACGUGGAAACAUUAAUAUGCUCACGAGUGGCGUCACCAAUGCGGUGCCAUUCUCGUUUGGCAAACCAAAACCGAAACCCGCCAAAGGGCAAUUCGAACGAAUGGCGCGUAUGCCCCGAGACCAGCUCUUGGACGGCCUGUUCCGCGCCUUUCAAGAACGAGAACACUGGUCGAUCAAGGUUCUUCGCGAGCGCACACAGCAGCCCGAGGCCUAUCUCAAGGAAGUACUCUCGGAAAUUGCGUUCCUGCACCGCAGCGGAGAGCAUAAUGGCACAUGGGAGCUCCUUCAAAAUUUCAAAGGCGAUGGGAUUAAGGCAGAGAAUGUGCCCGGACCCAGUUUUGCUCCCAGUGCCAGUGGGGUGCAGGAUGGGAUUAAGGCGGAAGAUGCCCCAGUGGAGGAUGACGACGACAAUGACGAUGACGACGAAGAUGAAGAUGACAUGGAGGAGGUAUCAUGA